AUGAUUAAAACAUAUAGUUUACAGUAUGUGUCUCAAGAAAUUGAGCAAUUGUAUCGUUCAUCAAUGCUGACAGGUCUCAAAUAUAGAAGGGAAUACUUAUAUGCAGUAGUGAGCAUUUAUCUAAUUCUAAUAAUUAUAAAGUAUCAGGAUUCAAUGCCCAUAAUAUUUGCUGGCGUUAGUCUAGCAUUAAUAAUCAUUUGCUAUUUAGCUAUGAGGAAGUAUCAAUAAUACAAAGAGAUCUUUGUUGUUACAAAUAUACUUAUAAUGAGUGCAGUAAUUGAAAGUUUGAGACUUUUUGGAUAGGAAUCAAGCCAAUGGUCUUAUGGUUAUCACUCAUCCAUUUUAAAAUUGUGUAAAAUCUUAUCAUUUAUCAUAGUCAUCUAUUUAACUGGUUCCUCAUUCAUGGUUUAAACCUUUUUUUUCCUCCUAACUUAAAUGGCCAGCUUUUAUAAGCUUUCAAUAUAUGAUCCAUAGACAAUCAUCUCGUAAUGCCUAAUAACUGUUUUACUUGUUUUAUUAAGAUAUUAGUAUGAAAUGAUAAACAGAAAGCAUUUUUUAGUCAAUUUAUCCAAAGUUCAAUAUGAAAAUAUUUUAGAGGACUUAUUGCCUUCUUGGGUUGUGAUUGUGAAAUAUAAUAAAUAAGCAGGCUAACUGGAUAUAGAAAAGAUCAAUUAACAUCUAAAAGAAAAGUUCAAAAUAUAAAACAACGAAAUGUUAAGGGAUUUUUUAAGGAAAUUAGUAUUCUUUGAUAUGGAAAACUAAAAAACAUAACAUUUUAUAAAAAUCGAACAUGAAAUAAUCAAGGAGCUUAAAUUGAAAAAUGAAGAUCAUCCUAUUCAAAAAUAUUUUGCUAUUCUAGAUGACCAAAAUAACUCAAAAUUAUGGAAGUUCAGAGUGACUUAAGUAUAUUUCAAUUCCUUUUAACCAUAAGUUUUACUGUUCUUCGAAGAAAUACAAGAGGAUAAAUAUGAUUAUUACGUAAAUGCAAUUGAACAAAGGGAUAAAUAAUUAUAUGUAAUUUAUAUUUAUUAUUAUAGUACAAUGCCAAAUUAAGUUUAAAAUAAAUCAAUAAUUAACUUGAAAACAUUCAAUAAUUUUAUCAUGAAAUUUCAAAACAUGAGUGCUUAACACACGUGCUACAAAAGCUAAAAUAAUAACUGCAAUUAAAUUAUUUCCUUUACAAUCUAAAUAGCAACCUAUUUAAUUAAUAUUAAAUUUCAUAUAGACAAGUUAAGAGCGAUAUAAGUGUCUUCAAAUUGAACUAAUUCAUUAAUGAUAUCUGUCUUAACCUUCAAAUAGAAUAAUAAUAGGAUAAAAAGGAGGAUCAAAAUCUGAAAUAUAGGAACAUAUAUUUGAAGACUGACAAAUAAAAACUCAUCUCAAUUAUUAUGAACCUAGUUUAAUUUAUUAAACUAUUGCUUUCCAUUAUUAAUUGUGAGACCAAUAUUUUAUAUCAAGCCUAACCUUUAAGAAAGCCAAUUCUAAUUUCCAUAAAGCAAUCCAAAAAUUUUGAUGACUCUUUGCAAUUUUCUAUUACUCAUCCAAGUUUAAAUAUUAAUAAUUCGAUUGUAACAUAAUUAUAAGAUAUUCCACCAUUCUCUUUGGAUGAUGAUAAGAGAAAUUGGGAGUACAAAAAUUAUUUUGAUAAAAUUAUUCGUAUAAACUAAACCUUGUAAUAAAUGUUGAAUAUGUAUAAAAAAGAAAUAUCCUCAUUUUAAUGUAUUUCAGUUGAUAAUUCGAAAUUAAGUAACCCUUAAAAUUAAAAGGUCAAUAAUCAAAUCAGCUAACAAGAAUAUAAUACUGUUGGGUAUAUUAUAGCUCAAUACUUCGUAAGUAGAUUAGGUCCGUAAAAUAAGUUUAAUUUCAAAUAGACUUGUUAUGACUUUGAAAAAUUUAAUACAUCUUAAUUCAUAGGAUUACAAUAAACUAAAAUAUAGUUCUCUAUCUAUAAAAAUUAUUUAAGCUUUGAAAAAGAAAUGGCAAAUAAUGGAUUGGAUUAUAUUUUUGAAAAUGAUGCCGAAGUUUAAUCAGAAAAGAUGACAAACUAAGAAAUUUUUUAGAAAUUAUAUCAAUUAAAUCGAAAACCAAAAUGA